AUGUCCGUUAAAUUAUCUUCUCCAGCCUCGUUCCUGCUUCCUUCACGAACUACAAGCAACAACUGUCGCAGACAGAAUCUUGCCUCCCAAAUUGUCCUUGCAAAGCUCCCGCCUCUGGUCAACACCUCCUCUUUCCUGGGCAACGGGCUCAGGACACCACCGGUCGACGAGAUGAGCACAACUUAUCAACCAGCGAUGCCUGCUUCUUACGAUGCCCAUUCCUUGCACAGCUAUUCAGCACUGUCGCAUCCUGGCCACGUCAGGUCCGUUGUAGAAGACGGGAGAGGCGCCCAGCAACAUCGUUUCUCGGCUCAUCAGCUUCACAUUCGAAAUGGGCCUUAUUCCUCAACAGAGGCAGCCACGGAUACGACAGUCCAUCAAAUCAGUGCACGGUCAACUCCAGCAGCGGAUUCCUCAAUGGCGGCUAAACAGUCCUCUUCGACGUCUCGCAGAGGCUCCGAAACAUUAAUUUACCACAGCUUGCAGCUGCCAAAAUGUAUCAGUCCUACCGGAGGAAAUCUAUCCGAGUUCGCUGCUCAGAUGACGUGCUUGUUCUGGUUUGAGUCUAUUGACGAGCUGAAAAAGGCCGAGACGAAUCGAUCACGACUACCAAAUGCACCAAUUCCACGCCUUCCUGCCUUGGCCAGGCCCCACGAGCAGUUUCGAAAAUGGGUGUACAAUGUUUUAUCAACCACCCAAGUCACGCAAAAUGUUAUUUUGCUGGCAUUGCAAUUCAUCUAUCGCCUGAAGAUGUCGACACCGCAGAUAAAGGGACGGGCUGGUAGUGAAUAUCGGCUUUUGACGGUGGCUCUGAUGCUAGGAAAUAAAUUCCUUGACGACAACACAUACACCAAUAAGACCUGGGCUGAGGUAUCUUGCUUUGCUGUCCAGGAAAUUCAUGUCAUGGAAGUGGAAUUCCUCAGUAACAUGCGAUAUAACUUAUUGGCUUCGAAAGAGGAAUGGGAGGAGUGGCUUGUGAAGCUUUCUUGCUUCCAUGAUUAUUAUGAGCGAGCUUCAAACCUUCCAGCUUCGCCCAUUCAUAUACCGUCACCUACCAACAAAGCUUUGUACUCGCCCAUUCCCUCGCCAACUGGGACAGGAAUACCACCAUUCACCCCUUCAACAAAGUUCAAUUUGUCCCCAAGCUCCAGACAUUCGCAAAACAUUUCGACUUACCAGGCCGAUGCCCCAUCCCCGCUAGCAACCAAGGUUUCAAUACCCUUGCCAUCCUCUCGAAAGCGAAGCCCGGAGGACGAUUUGGCCGGCCAUCCUGCCAAACGACUUGUGCACCCUCCGGCGGGACAAAUCUUGCAAGGUGUCCCCAACACGCGACUUAAUGGACACGUUGACAAUAGAUUACCGGUUCCUCACUUAACAGUGGUGACGAACCAUGCUCAGAGUCAAUUCGGACAUGGUCAAGUUUACACGGCACAAGGCUCGGUUCCGUCUACAUCUCAGCAAGUGGCUUCUCUUCCCCCGCUGCAAACAGGCGUUCGAGCAAUGUCUACUGUCUAUCAGACCAAUGCUCCAGUCGGUGCUACUUUGCAACCACAAUCCACUGGGCCUGUUCCAUCUGCACCUGCGAUAUCCAGACCAGCCUAUACGGCGGCGAGCUUGCCCAGCCAGCCUCAAAUGUCAUAUGGCACUCCGACCAGGCAUCAGAGCCCAGUCAGUCUAGCGCCUACGUAUGGGUCAUCACCACUGGUAGAGCCUUUCGGGCCUGGUUCAGCGGUUCACACGCCCAUGGUUCACACGCCGAUUUCUAAUUCGCCAAGUGUUUAUCUUCAGCAUAGAGCCAGCCCGUACAAGCCCAUCCGCCAUGUCAACAGGCUUCUCUAUCCGCCACCAUCAGCGUCCCUCGAUCAGUAUCAUCUUUCGGUUCCAGUACAGCCGAACCAAAUGCACUAUCAGCCACUUGGCCGACGACACGAUCUUCGUACUGGUAUUGUCCCCGAGUUCCUGGUCUAUAACCGAGGUCAGCAACAACAUCUUCCACCACACGUUACACAGCAAGGACAGUUUCAGCCUUAA